AUGCCGGGGCACGGGGUGCGGGAGUCGAUACACACCGCCCCCGCGCUCCUUCUCGCGGACAGCCACGGCCUCAACAAGGCCGCGAGGCUGUCGGAGGGCGAAGGCGGGGACAAGCAGGAUGCCGGUGCCCCCGCCCCUUCGUCAAAGUUCAGGAAGAGGUGGCAGAGGGCCAAGUUCGCGCUCGCGUUUAGAGCGCGCGACGACGCCGAGCAUCGCGAGGCGAAGGAUAUCGCGGCGGCGUGGGACGGGGCGUCCACCUCCGAGGAUGAGCGGUCCGUAGCCAACUCCGACGACCCCGACGAGGACGACGACGACGACGUGAACGAUGAGAACCAAAAGGACGCGACGCUCGCCGAGCUUCGCGCGCGCGCGCGCGAGGAGCUUCUCGCGAAGGAGAAGACGCUCUGCGACGCCGUGCCCAGGCGCGAUCCGUCCGAUCCGAGCGCGCCGCGCAUCACCAAGAUCGUCUGGUCCUUCCAAAACCUCAAGCGCGUCCCGCCCGGGUUCAUCAGACUCGAAGGCGUGCGCGACGGACUCGAGAGCCUCGAUUUGUCGAUGAACAUCCUCACCAAGGCGCCCAGCAACCUCGCCAGGUGCGAGCGCCUCGUGGAGCUGGACCUCAGCCACAACAGGCUGACGGGGCUGCCGCCCGCGCUGGCGCGGUGCAAGCGCCUGCACUCGCUCGCGGUCAACGGCAACCGGAUAAAAAAGCUCGGCACGUGGAUCGUCGACCUCCCCGACUUGCGAGUGGUGCGCCUCCACGACAAUCCCAUGAUCGACCCCCCGCCGGAGGUGAGCUCCUUAGGGGUGGACCGCAUACGCGAGUAUCUCCGCGCGAUGCAGGCGGUCAAGCGAUGGGACCCCGAGCGCGUCGUCGGUUUCGACCGAGGCGGUUGCGAGUACUCGAAAGCGGAGCUCUCAGCGCACUUUCGCGAUAGGUACGUGUCCGAGGAGGAGGCGGAGCGGGCUCGAUUGGACGCCCUGGCUCGCCGCAUCCCGUCGAACGGCACGGAGCUGAGGCACGCGGUGUUCAAACCCGCGUUCUUCCGGAGGUUCACGCGGCUCACGCGCGUGGACGUGAGCGGCGCGAGGCUCGAAAGCCUGCCGGGUUCGAUGGCCGAGUGCGAAUUUUUGACAACCCUGGAAGCGGACGGGAACCGCCUGGGCGGCGACGGCGCGCUCCCGGACCUCGGCGGGUUGAAACGGCUGAAACGGCUGUCGCUUCGCCGCUGCGAGCUCAAGGCGCUGCCGGAGUGGAUCGCGCGGUGCGGCGCCCUCGAAGACCUCGUCGCGGCGGAGAACGCCAUCGUCUCGCCGCUGCCGUCGCUGGAGACGUGCGCGUCGAUGAAUGCGCUGGACCUUUCCGACAACUCGUUGAGAACCUUACCGAACCUCCCGAAAUCCCUGCGGCACCUGUUCGCGUCCGGGAACAAGAUCGACGACGUAUCGAUCGUCACGAAGCGCUGCGUCUCCCUCGAGACUCUGGACGUGGAGCGCAACAAGAUCACCUCGUUGCCCGACGACCUGGCGGGUCUGACGAAGCUCGUUCGCGUCAACGUUCGUAAAAAUUUGCUUCGCGAUGUGGAUCCGCCGUCGAUGCACCGCCGCGCGAGCUCGCUUCGUUCGUUCAGGUUCUCCGGUAAUCCGCUCGGUGCGGUGCCGUGGUGGCUACCGGACGUCGCAGACGACGCGCUGGAGGAGGUUUUCGUCAACGAACGACGCGCGGUUUUGGAUCUUCGCGAUAUACCCGGAUAUCAGUCGGUGGUCGACUUGGGUAACAGGGGUUUGUUACACACGCCGGCUCUGCUGCCACACCUGCCCAACCUAACUCAGCUGACGCUGUCGCACAAUUCGCUCGGGUUCCUGCCCUCGCAUUUAUCCGACCUCGUGCACAUGCGCGGGCUGCGGCUGGACCACAACUUCCUCACGUUCCUCCCGGAUCUCUCAAAGAUGAAACGGCUCAGGGAGCUCCGCGUGGACAACAACCGGCUUCAGGUGCUCUCCCCGUCGGUGUGCAAACUCGCCGAACUUGAGUCCCUCUACAUCGGCCGCAACCCCAUAUCCAAGCUUCCCGAUGCCAUAACCGCGUGCGUCAAGCUUCGGACGCUGUGGAUGGCGGACUGUCAGUUCGAAAUGCUCCCGCUGACGCUGGCGGACGUUCCAAAACUUGAAAACUUUUACGCCGAGGGUAACCCUUUGAAAUUUCCAGAGCCGAGCGUGUACGAGGAGGGCGGGAACAACGCCGUGCUCGGAUACCUCAGGUCCAUCGCGCAGAACGAGCGCGAGCAGCGCGAGAUGGAGAAGGCGCGGAAGGAAAAGGCGGAGCGCGCGGCGGCGAGGAAGGCUGCCAAGGCGAAGGCUCGAUGGGGAGCAAUCGCGCUCUCUCGAGGCAUCGCCAAGGUGGACGACGUCUCCGAUGAAUCCUCGGAUGAGGACGACCCGCAAUCUAAGAGCGGCGAGAAGAGAAGUAAGAAGAAGAAAGGGAAGGAUGCGGAGGAGAAGGGUUCGGCGAUGGGACGGCUUCUUUGGCGACGGGUCCGCGCGGUCGUCUUGGACGACGGGAAGCGCAGAGAGGAGGUUGAACACGGCAGCGCCAUGAACUACGACAUGUUACUCCGCGCCAGGGCGGUGACGCGGUCCAUCCGUGUCGCCAACGCGGAGGAAGAGAUGGCUGACAUCGUCACCGGUCUGGAGAUUGCGAAAGAGGAGAGAGACCGGGCAGACGCGUACCUACUGGCGUGUGUCAACGACGUCAAGGAUAAGCGCGAAAAGUGCGAGGACCAGAGGGAGCUCAUGCGCAAGUACGUCUCCAUCAACGGUGACGUGUUGAAGGAGAUGCAGUUCAAGCUGAGGGACAGCAAGGGCGUGCUGGUCGACGCGGUGGCGUGGAAAGACCGCGUGGAUGCCGACGUGGCGGCACGGGAGCGUGCACUCAGAAAAGUGGAUAGGGAGUUGGACGCAGCCAGAGCCGCCAAGUUUGAAGUCAAGCAGGAGCAAGCCAAGCGCGCGCAGGCCAAGUUGGAGGCAAAGAUGCGUCGCAAGGCGGAAGAGGCUGGCGUGGUCCGGCGGCAGGCGUCGCGCGGUUCGGAGCUUCGCAAGAAGCUGGAGGCUGAGGUCUCUGGCGGUGGACUCAGUCUGUUUGAUUCGAUGGGUAACAGGGGCGGCAAGGCGGAUGCGAGAGACGAAGCUAAUAAAGCGGCUGCGAUGGCAGAAGCGGGUUCUGGCAAGGGCGCGGCCCUGUCCUACAUGAACGAGAUGGGAAUGGAGAAAGGGGACGAGGCCGCGAGCGCCGCCGCGAGCAAGGCGUGGGCGAAGAUGCAGAUGCUCAACCGUCUCGGGGUCUUCAGCAAACAGAACAAGGACGACGGGGGAGACGCGUAG